UCGUCUUUCUCCCUCGGACUCUGUCUAAGCCCACUCGCCCCACUACCUUAGAAAUAGGAAUAGUCCAGAAACCGAUUCAUCUUCUUCCGCGUCACCGAGUCACCAUGGGUGAGAAGAACAACGAUGGAGAGAACAAGAAGAAGGCAAACGAUGGGGAGAAGAAGAAGAAGAGCAACGACGAAUCCGUCACCGUGGUUUUGAAGGUUGAUAUGCACUGCGAAGGCUGCGCUUCCAGGACAGUCAAAUGCGUUCGUGGUUUCGAAGGCGUGGAGACUGUGAAGUCGGAGGCGGCGGCCGGAAAACUGACGGUGACCGGAAAUGUGGAUCCGGCGAAACUCCGAGAGAAGCUUGAGGAGAAGACCAAGAAGAAAGUUCAACUGGUCUCUCCCCAGCCCAAAAAGGACAAAGAAAAUGCCAAAGACAACAACACUACCAACAAAAACGGAGACGACGACAAAAACAAAGCCAAGAAGUCCGACGACAAAAAAUCCGACAACGACAAGAAGCCCAAAGAGAAGGAGCCUCCGGUGACGACGGCGGUUUUGAAGCUGAACUUCCAUUGCCAAGGCUGCAUCGGGAAAAUCCAGAGGACCGUCACCAAAACCAAGGGCGUGGACGCGAUUUCAAUGGACAAGGACAAACAGCUGGUGACGGUCAAGGGAACCAUGGACGUCAAGAAGCUGGCGGAGACCUUGUCGGAGAAGCUCCGACGGCCGGUGGAGGUCGUACCGCCGGCGAAGAAGGAUAACGGCAAGGAUAAAGACGGCGGCAAGGAGAAGAAAGAAGGCGGCGGCGGCGGCGGAGACGACGGAGGCAAAAAGGAGGAAGGAGCGAACAAGAUGGAGUACGUUGCUGCUCAACCCGGAUCCGGAUUCGGGUACGGAUACGGAUACGGGUCGUAUUACCAGUACCCUGUUCAAGCUCACGCGCCACAGAUUUUCAGCGACGAGAACCCGAACGCUUGCGCCGUCAUGUGAUUGCGGCGGCUGGCGGUGGAGGGAGUGGUAGAGAAAUGUAAAUAAGUGAUAAAUGCAGGGGUAAUUUCGGUAAAAUGGGUUCAGUUAGAAGAAUCAACUGGCUGUUACGUAGUGCCACGGACAUGUAUUUCUGAGUGUUAAUUUUUUUUUUAAAAGUUGAUUUUGUUUCGAAUAUUUAAUGGAAUUAAAAAGGCAUUAAAGUCUUAAUUCCCUC